AUGUAUAUCUCCUUCGAUUACCAGUUCCCCGUCAGUCGAGAUACCAUGAAUGCAAUCCUCGCCCUCGGCUGUGCCCAGACGGCCAUCCGGCUCGGCCUCUCGUCUCUAACUCUGACCCUGGCUCUGACUCUGGCUCUGCUCGCUCUGCCCGUCUGGCUGCUGUACAUCUGCUGCUCGCGCUCGCUGCACCCCCACCAAUGCAACUCGAGGCAGAUCUUCCUCGGCCAGCCUCGCCUGCUGCCCACUCAGGUCUCGCACACCCGCCUCGGGACCGGCCGCUACAACUACGCGGUCCCUCACUUCCUGGUGGGCACGCCCGUUGGCCUGCAGGGCCAUGUCGGCAGGGUUCUGUCCGUCGACGAGCCCGAGUCCCGAACCCAGACUGCCGGGCUCAUGCAGUAUCUCAGCCCAAACCUGGCGUCGUGGUUCACCGUUCAUGCACACCACCACCUGCACAAGGGCAACGACGCGCGCGGGCUCCAGGGAAAGCUGCACGAUUUCCUUGUGUCACAGGGCCUCUCUCCCAGCGAAUGGCCCUAUGCCUAUUUGAUCACCAUGCCCCAGUUCCUCGGGUACCAGAGGAACCUUGUCUGCGUCUGGUAUCUCUACUCGGCUGAGCGCGAGCUGACCGCGAUGAUCAUGGAGGUCAACAACUACUGGGGCCAGAGGAAGAUUGCCUUUAGCCGUUUGACUGGCGAGACUCUGUCUGCACCCUCUGCAUCAUCGUCUGCAUCACCGUCUGAAAUCUCUGAAAUCCAUUCCCACUCGCAGUCGUGCUUCUACCACUCCAACCCCCGCCACGCCUUCUACCGCGGCACCUGGGACAAGGACAUGUUCAUCUCCCCCUUUGAGAAAGUCGAAGGAUCCAUCGCCCUCCGGUUCUCGGACCCUCUAGCCCCCAAUACGCCUCUCCACAUCACAAUCACCCUGCUUUCGCCAUCAGGGAAGCCCCGCCUGAUUGGCCGUGUCUUCUGCCCGGACGACGGUGACCACGAUCCUCUCGACCCACUGGCCGCCUCGUACUGGAGCAUCCUCCGCUUCCUGCCAUACUGGACGGGUGUGCUGGUCGUUACUGAACUGCUUAUCAUUGCGGCGGCGCUGUGGAUCCGCUCAAAGGGUGCGCCGAUAUUCUCGAUGCCUGAAGUCCGGCCGAAUAACAACCCGCGCGAUGAAACUGAUAUUGAACGAAACCUCGAGGCCGCAUUUCGGGCAUACCUCAAACACCUCGUCGAGUCAUCCCAAUCACCAUUGACAGUCAACUACAUCCCGUCCAAAUCUCACGUCCUCGAACCAGAAACUUUCACAAGCCCUACAAAGGAUGCCAACAAUACUGCCCUAACAAUCCAAGUCCUGACACCAAGCUUCUACACCUCUUUCCCUCUCUACACAAACCCAUUGACAGCAUUCACGGCUGAAUCCAGACCAUCUCCUCUGCCAUCUGAUCCCUCUUCCCGCCGUCUAUACGUCUCAGAUCCUGAGUUCUUUAUCUCUUCACUCAACAUUAACCACCUUCAUGAAAACUCUAUGAAACAAACAAACACGCAGUCAUUCAACCUCAAAACGAGACUAUGCCACUCCCUAAUUCCCCGUCUCCGUCAAACCACCCCACACCCUUCAAAAGAAAAUGAAGAAUACUUCCUCGACACAUUCAUCCUCACCCAACCCAACACCAACACCAACACCAAACUCUCAUCCAGUCCCAGUCCCUCUCUCCAAGAAUCAUACAUAACAUCCCUCUGCACGCACCUCCUAUCCACGAAAUUCGCCUUCGGGCUGCACCAGCUGUGGUCCUUUUACGUGGCCGUGGUCUGGUUCGUCGUAUUCCAGGCCGGAUUGUCGGUAUUCUUUUUCCGGUUCUUGCAGGGUGUGUCUGGGGUUGGUGCUGCUGGGGAUGCGGUGCUUGCUGUCGGGUGUCAUUGUGUUGUUUUGGGUGUGUUGGGGUGGGUUUGGGGGUAG